UCUCGUCUUGAGCCUCGCUCGCACUCCCUAUCGAGGUGAAUCUCACUCAGUCAGAAGAUCUCUCAGAAUGCUCAAGCUGCAAGCUAGUCCCGCCCUGGUGGCACUCUUCCAGACCGCCAAUAUCAAUAUUCUCGUCUUCGGACUGGGAUGCAUUUUCGGCUUGACUGGGGCGACUCUCAUCGAUCUGGGCGAGGUCUACAACACGCCCCCGAGGAACGUAGCGCUCAUCAUCACCACACGGGGGAUCGGCUCCAUCGUUUUCUGUCUCUUGGGUGGAGCAAUCUUCAGGCAUUUCAACAUGCAGCACGUGGCUAUUCUGUCGGCGCUGGCGAUGGCGAUCGGGAUGGGAAUGACUCCCCUGUGGGGCAAACUGAGUCUCUGUCACAUUUCGACCUUCUUCGUGGGGGGUGGCGUGGGCCUCAUCGAGACCGCGAUGAACUUUUGGAUAUUCGCGAUAUGGAAAGAGAAGAGUGGACCUGUUUUCCAGUUCACAAAUUUCUGCUUCGGAGUAGGAGGUGUCAUUGCACCAUUCGUGGCAGAACCCUUCCUCGACUCGGUCAAAAGCUCAGUCAAUGUGACGCUGACCAACUCGUCCAAUGCAGAGAUCCUCCCACUCGACGCAGAGACGCGCGUCUUCGUGCCCUACCUGAUAAUCGGUGCGGUCUUCGCCGUUGCUGCGGUUCUCUGCAUCGCUUCUUACCUCAUGGACGGAUCGAACAUCUGUGUGAGCGAAACCGACGCCAAUGAUUCCUGUUGCUCUCGGCGCUGGCAGCUGCUCAUGGUGGGAACCUUCAGCUUCUACGUCCUGACCAUCGUAGGUCAAGAGCAGACGUACAUUUCUAUGCUGGCGCUGUUCGUUGUCCGCCACCUAAAGUUCAGCAAGCCCGACAGCGUUUACGUCUCAGCUGCUUUCUGGAUCUUCUUCACGUCGACUCGUGUGGUCGCAACGGUCGUAUCGUUCAGAAUGCGACCUCGGAGCAUGCUGAUCAUUUGCCACCUCCUGGUAGUUCUCGCAACGGGCGCGUUGUGCCUCUUCGUCGAUUCAGCUACGGAAGUGGUUUGGAUCUGCACCGCGAUCGUUGGAACCGGAGUGUCUCCGAUGUUUCCUUCGGCGCUUACUCACGUGCUUCAGUACGUCCAUAUCAAUCAGAGCUAUUCAUCGUUCAUCAUGAUGUGCGUUUGCGUGGGAGGUAUGUUGCCCCCCAUAUUGGUGGGUCCCUUCAUUGAUGAUAGACCCAUCGCGUUCGUCUACGUCAACUCCAUCAUUGCGGUCUUUUCGGGGAUCGCUCUCAUAGGUCUGCUCGUCCUCCCACGAGGCAGGAGCAUGAGACCCUCUAUGAUGAAGAAAUAGGCUUUCAUUCAUGGAAUGAGGAAAAACUCCGCCGCAUGAGCCCUGCUCACAGAGCAGACAGUUCCGCAGUACAUUUUCCAAUCGGGGGGUAUCGGGGGUCUUGAUUCACUGUGAAUCGGAACAUUCUCAGCAAAUAUGUUUCUCAUCCCGCAAAGUUAUCCAGUGUAAAAAAAUCGUUAGGUUUUCAAUUUUGUAAAUAUAUUUGUGAGUUAUAAAGUAAUUCUGCCGC